GUUGAACGCAUGCGUCCUUUGGAAGGCUAGAAAAAGGGUCGGCGGGCGGGCUACGUCGGAAACAUGGAGCAGGGCUACGGAGGCUAUGGGGCCUGGAGUGCUGGACCUGCCAACACCCAGGGUACAUAUGGAAGUGGUGUGGCCAGCUGGCAAGGUUAUGACAACUACAAUUAUUAUGGUACCCAGAACACCAACGUCACUGCAGGAGCAACCUACAGCUAUGGCCCAGCUUCAUGGGAGGCCACCAAGGCCAGUGAUGGUGGCCUGGCAGCUGGGGGCCCUUCCAUGCACAUGGCCUCUUAUGGUCCAGAACCAUGCAGUGACAAUUCAGACUCUCUCAUUGCCAAGAUCAACCAGCGCUUGGACAUGAUGUCCAAGGAAGGAGGCAGGGGCGGGAGCGGCAGCGGUGGGGAGGGCAUGCAGGACCGGGAGAGCUCCUUCCGCUUCCAGCCAUAUGAGUCCUACAAUUCCAGGCCUUGCUUGCCAGAACACAAUCCCUACCGCCCUGGCUACAACUAUGACUAUGACUUUGACCUGGGGACUGACCGCAAUGGCAGCUUUGUUGGGCAGUACAAUGACUGCCGGGACCCAGCCCGAGAGCGAGGCUCCCUUGAUGGCUUCAUGCGAGGCCGGGGUCAGAGCCAAGGCCCGGGCCCGGGACCAGGUCGCUUCCAGGACCGGAGCAGUUCUAGCACCUUCAUGCGCAGUGACCCCUUCAUGCCACCCCAGGCCUCCUCUGAGCCCCUGUCCACUUCCUGGAAUGAGCUAAACUACAUAGGUGGACGAGGCUUGGGAGGACCCUCCCCGAGCAGGCCGCCUCCUUCCCUCUUCUCCCAGUCCAUGGCUCCUGACUAUGGCAUGAUGGGUAUGCAGGGCACGGGUGGAUAUGACAACACCAUGCCUUAUGGAUGUGGCCGAUCACAGAUUCGGAUGAGAGAGCGGCCCAGGAGGAGAGGGUUUGACCGCUUCGGACCAGACAGUGUGGGCAGGAAGCGGAAGCAGUUUCCUAUGUUUGAGGAGCCGGACACCAAGCUGGCCCGUGUUGACAGCGAAGGCGAUUUUUCAGACAAUGAUGAUGGAGCUGGUGACUUCCGGUCAGGAGAUGAAGAAUUUCGGGGUGAGGAUGAAUUCUGCAAUGCUGGGAGGCAGAGAGGAGAGAAGGAUGAUGAGGAUGAGGAAGUGAAGAAGAGACGGGAAAAGCAAAGGAGGAGAGACAGGAUGCGGGACCGAGCAGCUGACAGGAUUCAGUUUGCCUGUUCUGUGUGCAAGUUCCGUAGCUUUGAAGAUGAAGAAAUCCAGAAGCAUCUGCAGAGCAAAUUUCACAAAGAGACGCUGCGGUUUAUAAGCACCAAACUGCCUGACAAGACAGUGGAGUUCCUCCAGGAGUACAUCAUAAACAGGAAUAAAAAAAUUGAGAAGCGGCGACAGGAGUUGAUGGAAAAGGAGAGCCCGAAACCAAAGCCAGACCCUUUCAAAGGGAUUGGCCAAGAGCAUUUCUUCAAGAAGAUUGAGGCUGCGCACUGCCUGGCCUGUGACAUGCUGAUUCCCGCACAGCACCAGCUCCUCCAGCGGCACCUGCACUCUGUGGACCACAACCAUAACCGCAGGUUGGCUGCUGAACAGUUCAAGAAAACAAGUCUCCAUGUAGCUAAGAGUGUUCUGAAUAACAGACACAUAGUGAAGAUGCUGGAAAAAUACCUUAAGGGUGAGGAUCCUUUCACCAAUGAAACAGUUGAUCCUGAAAUAGAAGGAGAUGACAAUUUAGGAAGUGAGGGUAAGGAAGAGACACCUGAGGAGGUGGCUGCAGAAGUCUUAGCAGAGGUGAUUACAGCAGCAGUGAGGGCUGUAGAUGGAGAAGGAGCCACGGCUGGAGAGAGCAGUGAAGAUCCAGCCCAAGGGGAAAGCCUGAUGGACAUGGCGGGGACCAGCAGUGAGCUGCACAUUGACCAGCCACUGGAAGAGAAUGCCUCCUGUGGAACAUCAUGUGAGAAGGAGAACCCUGAAGCUGAGGCCGGAAGUGAGGCCAUAACACUGGCAGCAGGGCCAGAAAAUGCCACAGCUGAAGCUCCUGUCCCAGCUGCCAUGGAAGCUGAAGUGGGACAAACAGAUGCAGAGUCCAAAGAUGAUAUUCCCACAGAAUGAUCCUCCUUCCCUGUUUCAAGGGAUGUGUUAGAUAACAUGUUGCUCUUUCUUUGGUUUAUAAGCAGUACUAGGGUGUGUUGCUGGAAUAUGCUGUAAACUAAUUCUGGUGAAGAGAUUCAGCCAUCUCCCUCACAAGCUUCUCUUACACAGUUGCAUAGCUUCUCACCUCAGCUUGAAGGUUACAGAGAUUGUACAUUCCUCCCAAGCAGCAGUGAUGUCCUUUUAGACAACAGUUGGAGUAACAAAAUUUGACUAAUUAGAUCUUGAUACUUGGCUUGUUACAUACAGCCACUGGCUGGAUUCUGCCUUUGUUUUUCCCUUUAAUUUUUCUUAUUGAUUGGGAGCAAUUGAACAUUAAGAAUAUAUCUUGCUUGAGGAAUUUUUUUUUUUCCCCCUAAGGCACUUACUUUGGCCUCUGCUUUUCCCCCCCCCUUUAGUACUAGGGAUUGGACCCAGGCCUUUUGCACUGAGCUACAUUCCCAGCCCUUUUUUAUUUUGAGAAAGGGUCUUGUUAAGUUGCCCAGGCUAGGCUUAAGUUUCAGGCUUUGGCUUUGGCUUUUGGGGCCUCUGCUUUUGUAGGGUGCACAUUGCAGUGUGGUGUCUUGUUGACAUGGGAUGUUGGUUAUGCAACAGCAGUGAGGUCUAUAAUAUAUGAUGCAUCCGACAGACCCACACCAUUAUAGAAGCACCUGCUUGACCCUCAAGGAUGAGGAUACUUUACCUAGGGCUUUGUUUCCCAAUCAUCAGUCCUCUGUGAAUCUUUUUUGGUUUUUUUGUUCUGGGGAUUGAACCCAGAGAGCACUGAGCUCCAUCUUCAGUCUCUCUACCCCUAGUACUAAGGAUUGAGCUCAGGGACUUCCCACUGAGCUACAUAUCCAGACCUCUUAUUUUCUAUUUUGAGAUAGGGUCAUACUAAGUUGCUAAAUUACCCAGGCUGGGCUCAAACUUGGGAUCCUUUUGCCUGAGCCUUUGGAGUAGCUGGGAUUAAAGGCAUGUGCCAUUGUGACCAGCAUUUUUAGGUUUGGUUUUGUUUUGGUACCAGGGAUCGGAACUCGGGACCUUUCGUUUGUGAGGCAGGCAGCAGAACCACUGAGCUAAAUCCCCCGUCCAGCAUUUUUAGGUUUUAACUCAUUUGUGUUCCACCUCACAUUAUUUCAGGUUGUUUUUUUUUUUUUCCUUUCAAUUGAGUUAAUCUUAAAUUUCAUUUAAAAAGAAAACCAGAUGUCACUCAUAGAUGGAAAAACUAAAUUUUGCAUAGCUAGAAACCAUCUAUAAUUAAGUAAACGUGUUUUAGAUAAACACUUCUAGAAAGGCAGACUGGCAUGUUUUGAAGGUAGCACAUUACCAUUACAUUAUCAUACAAUCAGAAGAACUGGAUGAUCUUCCCUUUUGAAGUGAGACUGCUGAGUCUGUUUUCCUGUAAACCUGUGAAGCGUGUACGUCUUGUGUGCCAGGAAACAUUGGCCAAGGGGAAAUGAUUAGAAGACACAAUGGAAUAUUUGAUGAGCAUCUACUGUAUACCAGGUGCUAGUUUGUCAUAAUAUCCUAAGAUACAGGCACUGUUCUGAAGGAACUUUGUGGAGGUACAAGAUGAACAUUUAUGGAAAAGUUAAUGCUAGAACUAAACAGUGAAAUAAAUGCCUUGAUAAGCAAUAAAA